UCCUCCAAUCCAAGUAUCCCAACUCUUUCACAACUUUACCCAGCACCACCUCGAAGCAAAGCGCUCGACAGAGAAACCCCCACUCCCCUCCCAGCCCAGGUCCCAACCAACCGAUCCUCCCCAAAUUGAUGGCCGAGGUACAGCCGUCGCCGUCGCCGCCGCCGCCGCGCGCAGCCGGCGGCGAUCCCGAGGAUCCACCCGUGGCGCCGGCGCCGCCUCCGGCGCAGCAGCAGCAGCAGCAGCGUGCGGGCGGCAGCGACUGGUCAGAGGAGGAGGACCCCGACUCCCCGCCGCUUCCGCCUUCCACCACCACCGUCGCCAUCUCCAACGCCGCCCAGUACAUCCCGCCGCGCGCCGCGGAGCGCACCUCCGAGGUCGCGGGAGACGGCCGGUCGUGGUACUCCUGGAACGGCACCCGCACCAAGGACCGCCGCCGCCCUCCUCCGCCUAGGCAGCAGCAGCCGCAGCCGCCACCGCUGUAUCCGCAGACGCGGCCGCGGCCGCAGCCGCAGCAGUGGGUCCCGCCGGAGCCGAAGCUGCGGCCGCAGCUGCCGCACGUGCAGGCCUCGCCGCCGCCGCGGGGCGGGCCGCCGCCGGUGCCGGCGUCGGCGACGGCUAGGUCCGCCGAACGGGACCGCAGGGUCGUGCCCGACGUCAUGUACAGGCAACGCCGCACGGCGGCGCUGCAGCGGACGGCUAUGGUGGCGCGGGUCGCGGCCGCGGGGCUCUGCCUGGCGGCGCUCGCGGUGCUCGCCGCCGACACCCGCAAGGGCUGGGCCCGCGACUCCUACAGCAACUACACCCAGCUGCGGUACUCGGAGGCGGUGAACGUGAUCGGAUUCUUGUACUCGGUGUUCCAGUUCUUCGCGAUUGCUGCACACUUGACGAGGAAGAAGCAUUUGAUUCCCCGGCCCAAGGGCGAUUAUUUUGACUUCGCCAUGGAUCAGGUGUUGGCAUACCUCUUGAUAUCCUCCUCAUCAUCAGCAACUGCUCGGGUAAGCGAUUGGGUUGACAACUGGGGGAACGAUCCUUUCCCGAAAAUGGCGAACAGCUCCAUCGUCAUAUCUUUCCUAGCAUUCAUGGUUUUUGCCAUCAACUCCCUCAUCUCUGCGUACAAUUUGUUCCGCCGAGAUCUUUAGCUGCUUGUAAUAAUAAUAACCUGUUGCUAAUUUUCAUUUGUGGACAAAAAUUUCAGUGCAGACUUUGUUAUGUUGUAAAUGGAUCGAAUGAAAGUAAGUGCUCAAUUCUAUA